UCAUUCUCGAGUUGUCUGUUGAGUGGAGAGGACGUGAUCUAUUCGUCAGUGCCGGCCUAUUUUUUUAUUGAUUUGCAAUCUGACUACAGGCAUGGAUCUUUUCUCUUCCUUGCUAAGUGUUUUUGUGUUUACAGCUGUACUUAAGGAACCUACCACAAAUUCUGAGAAUUUCACACCUGUAGUUCGUGGAUAUGGGCUGCCUGAUCGAAAAUUUGAGAAUGCUGCCAGCUUCAGCCAAGAAUCGAAAACAUCACUGACAGUAGAUAAUUCAGUAGUAUCUGCUGACAUGGGCCAGUUCACUGAACAGUAUGCUGAACUUGAUAUGUCCAAGAAGACUACUGUUAUUCAGACUACAAACACACAGAAAUCUGAAGAGGAAACUGUGGAGCAUAUCCAACUGUAUACCACAGACACAUUUGUUGCUGGAAUGGGACACCCCAAACAAGGUUCUGAUGAGUACAAUGUGACAAUAGAACAAGCAGCACAGGGCACACUUACCCCUCAAUCAGAGGGCAAUACAACAGUAGGGAAUGACACAUCAGUAUUACAGAUAGAAAACAUUCCCUUGUAUGCAACUACCACACAUCUCGAUUUCACCACAAUGAUGGUAAUAUUAUUCGGUGCUGCUCUAAUCGCAGCAUUCAUCUGGAGAAUGUGGAGCAACUAUUUUAGAGUCCCCUCUAUUGAGUAUACUAUUAGAUAUAAAAUGCAGUACAGUAAUGGAGAAUUCCUUACUGUCGAAUAUCAUGAUACAGUUACCGUUUAGAACGUUAAAAUUCCCCCUCCAUACACUUAUCCAUCACACACCCACGAACAAACAUCUCCUCUCCUAUGGUCCACCACACUUUGUUUUUUAUCCCUUUUACCCUUCUGCCCCUAUGCUUACUGUCUAAGUGAUCCAUUACUGCAUAUGUAAAGACGCACACAUCCCUACACUCCCAUUCUCCUCCCCCCCCCCACCCCCCAACCCACACAAGAAUGUAUGAAAUUCGAAAAUCAUCUUCAGUAAACAACACUGUCAUAGUGGAUACAGUUAUGUUAAGUUUCUUUGACCCUUUUAUCACAGAGAAUAACAGUCCUUCUGAAAUCAGUAUUCUACUGGCAAAUUUAGUGGUAUGUGAAGUGAAUUACCAUGUGAAGAGUGUAAUAUCCUGGUGGUAUAACAAGAGCUUCCUAGUAUUCUGUCUUGUCAAUUUUACCACCUUCACUGUUGUAAAUUACCCUUGUCCAGCUUAUGAAAAUGCAGAAUAUGGGUAAACUAAGAAACUUUGGUGACUAUGAGAUUGUCACAGAACGUGUUUCACAAAGGCAAUGACUGUUUGACAAAAGAGGUUGAAUUUACUGUUUUGUCAAUGUUAUCACUUUUAUUUUUAUGUUGAAUGUAAGCAACUUUUGUGUAGUUACAGUUGUAAAAUUUAUUUUAUUCUAUAUAUGAGUAUUAUAAUAUAAUAUACUUUUCUGUAAUAAGCUUAGUGUGAUAUAAUGCUUACAGUUUGUUUAUUAAAAUAAAAGAUUGUUUUACAAGAGCAUUAAGACAGGUUACCUCUUUUGCUUUGAUAUUUCAUGUGUACAACAUUUGUGUAUUUACAGUUAUGAUUUUGUAGAGGAUCUGGAAAUAAAUAACUUUUGAAAAA